AGCAGAUGACGUUUUUUUUUCCGGGUUUCUAAUGUAACCUUUUCUGUGCCUCACAUGUCAUUUCUGCAUUUUCUCAUUUUUUUCUAAUUCAGUAUUUAUCACUAAACCAGGGUUAGGGUUGUUAGUAAAUGCAGUUAACAUUAUGAGGAACCGAGCCACAGUUCCCUGCUGUUUGAUUAUGCUGUAGCGUCACUGAUUGAGGAGUUGUGUUCUUUGAAAACUGUUUACUGGGGUGGGGCCACUUUCUGUGUGAACACCAUUUCUGUCAAAGUCAGCAUUGUGAAUAUUCAAUUACCUUAGUACUUAAUUAUUUCUCGUACGAGUCUGUUGGGAGUUAUUUUUAAUAACGGCCUUAAGGAACUGGCUGGCACAGUGGGGUGGGGCAUGAUGCGCUUCUGGUCCCUAUUUUUCCACGAAAUCUAUUUUCUGGGAAUAGCAAAGGAAUCUGAGUUUUUAGACCUUGAAAAACGAGUGCAGUUACAUCAGUGGAGGGUUAUUCAGAAGUAUCGCUCGUAGGGAUAGUUUGGCACAGCUCGUCUUUUCCAGCACUGCGGCAAUAAUUGGAAAGGCAUUCACAACAACAUUUUGUUGGUGAUUUAAUAGUUUCUGCAAUGAAUCAAGAAAAAGCACCUGCUGAAUGUGUCCAUAUUCAACGAAAAGCUGUUUUUGUGUCAGCAGCAGCAGAAGAAAAGGUUGAUGCUAGAAACUGCUUUACAGUUGUCUCAUAUAAUAUUUUAGCAGACUGCUACAUACCAUCUGGCUGUUACCCUCAUGUUCCUGUGGAAAAGUUAAAGAUGACUGAACGCCAUAAGCAGCUCAUUACAGAGUUGAAGUUCUUGGAUGGUGAUAUUGUUUGCCUUCAGGAAGUUGAUCCUCAUUAUUAUAAAGACAUCUUGUUUCCAUUUAUGGAGAAACAAGGAUACCAAGGAGUGUUUCUUCAGAAAAUAUUUGGAAUGGAAGAAGGUAUUGCAACUUUCUUUAAGCAUGGAGUCUUUGAACUGGUGGAACAAAAAGAUGUGGUGCUUAAUAGCUUGUUUCGUGACUUGAUUAACCAAGAUCAUCUGAAAGAGGAUGAUAAAAAUAUGCUAGAAAAUUAUUUCAAGAAAAACAGUGUUCUUCUGAUUACAAAAUUAAAGUAUAUGAAAACUGGGAAACAAGUGAUUGUGGGAAACAUUCACACUUGGUUUGGAGACUGGAAGAAUCUUGACAUUAUUACUAUCCAGAUAGCAUUGGCUACUCAGGAGUUAUCACGGCAUAAAAAUGGCCAUGACCAGUCUUAUAUGCUUUGUGGUGAUUUUAAUGCGACCCCUGAAAUGCCAGGUUAUCAGUUCAUACAAAGAGGGUAUCUUGACGAAGAAUACAGUAGAAAAAUGCAGCUGACUCCAAAACUGGACUUGUCCUUCGGAUCUACUACGUUGGCUGAAGCAUUAAAACAAUUUCUCACACAUGGCUUGAGUGAUGCAAAAAGUGCAUACAAAGAAGUACUGGGAGCUGAGCCUGCAUUCACAAACUAUGAAACGUUCGUUGGAAAAUACGAUCUUUUUGUGUACUGUCUGGACUACAUCUGGUAUUCAUCCAAGUCUAUUAGUGUUUUGGGUGUACUGAAGACAGUGUCUGAAGAGCAAGUUAAACCACUAGUGGCACUUCCAAACACGGUGUUUCCUUCUGAUCAUGUUUCAGUGAAGGCCUGGUUUACCUUCUGUUGAAACAGUUAACACUGGGAGGCGGACAGAAGGAACUUUCGAGGGAAUAUAGACCAAAUAUAUUUCAAGUAGUAUUGGACAGUGUCUCCAGCCAGAUCUACAUUCCAUAUGCCUACUGCAGAAUUGGCUUCUGCCACAACUUUGGGUGUUGUACAGUAAAAACUCUAUUAUUAUCUUACAGUUAUUUUAAUAAUAAAAAAUGGAUAGUUUUGUCUUCCUACUGUAAUUUGUUUCCCUUGCAUAUCGAAACAAGUUAAUUAUUGUUGUAGUUCUGUUACAGUUGUAUUUUUGCUAAGCAGUUUGAUAAUUUCAGCAUCGCAACAAGUUUUGUACCAAAGGCAGUAACUUUUGUCCCUUCAGGUUUGUAUUCCAGCAUUAACAUUGUAGUACACCUUAAAGGGUAGCAAUAGUUGCCUACCUAAGGUAUCAUCAGCUAAGGUAUUAAGCCAAGGUCUUAUUUGCUUUUUCUGAUUAUAGUUCCUAAUAUAUGUUAACUCAUAACACUUGUUAGUGAAACCUGGGAUUUUAAAACAAAAUGAGUAAAUAGUGUAGUAUAUACUAAAACAAUAAUUAGUCAAUGCACAAAUUGCAGUAGUAAAUAACAUCUAAUGAGUGUACUGCUGAUACAUGGAUGGCCACAGGUUAUACAAAUGUUUCAUGUAUAUAGUGACUACAAAUAUAAUUAAUGCAAUACAGAACAACCAGUCCAUAAUGGACCAAGUUUGGUGUCAAUUUAAAUGUGCUUGUCAUGGAGUUCUUGUAAAGUUGUGUUAAUUGAUUCUGAACUGGUACAUAUCAGACUGAUUCUGAACUGGUACGUAUCGGAUGUGUGCUGAUGGAUCAGGCAUUAAGUGAUGAUGUGAUUUUUAUAUUAAAACUUUUUGAGACUGGC